UACAAUUAGCAACGCUGUUCUAUAGACAGCCAACACAGAUUUUGCCAAACAAUUCUCGAUAUUGGUAUGAAUCGAAGUGUAUUUGUUUGAUGUUUUUUGCUAUCAAACUGCUGCGCAUAUAUGUGGGUUAGAAGUCACUGUAUAUAGUUGUUCUACAAUCUUAUGGCCGCUUCUUUAACCAGCUCUCGUUCGAUCGUCGGGAUUCACAAUCUUCUCGUGUGUGAUAUUUGUAAAAAGACUAUCAGCGAGCCGAAAAAGUUGUCUUGCUCUCAUUCAUUCUGCAAGGCCUGUGUCGAGAACCUGACGACACAAGACGAGGGAAUUGUCGAUGGCGAAUGCAAGAAGUUAGUCUGCCCGACCUGCAAGACCACAACCACAUUGAAACCAAACGAAACAGUCUCCGUAUUGCCAGAUAAUGAAUGUAUUGCUAAGCUGUUAACAGCUGUCGAUUCUAAUAGUAGUGAAGAGGCUUUUCCUUUGGUUUGCUCUUUUUGCGGUAAGGGAUUCGUUCUAACAAUUUGUGUUGAAUGCAGCAUGCUUUUCUGCCAUGAAUGUCAUAUGACACACGAACGAUGGCCGGCUAACAAAGGCCAUAAUUUGCUGUCUCUGAGUAACAUCAUAAACCGUGACGAUCAAAAGCAAAUAGUCGUCGACACGUUACGCUGCACCCCCCACGAGACCGCAAUUCCGGAAUUUUAUUGCGAAACGUGCAAGGAACUGAUUUGCAUAAAAUGCUUAGCGUCCAUUCACACGAAACCAGGUCAUAACUGCAUCGCGAUUCAUGAAAUCCAUCGCAAACAAAGGGACGCUGUGGAGUUAAAAUACGCCAAUAUUAACGCAAUGUUUCAAGAAGGAAAUGAGGCAUUAGAAAGUGUGAAAAACAACAAGGCAAAUUACGAAAAAACCGCGGAAGAUAUCAAAUUAAAACACAUCGCUCAGAAAGAUAAAGUAAUGAAAGAUGUUGAAGAUCGUAUGAACAAAAUUUUGGAGGAGAAAAUUCAAGAAGUUGACAAAGUCUACGAUCCCGCGUGUCAAAGCCUUUUCACUCAGAGUGAAAAGAUAUCAAAUUACCUGGAAAAAGUUGAAAAAUCGCUUCAGCGUACAAGGGAUGUGUUGGAAAAUUCGAAGCUUGAGGAAUUGUUGACAGCCCACAAAGUUAUCGAUGAAGAUAUUCAAAUGCUGCAAAAUGAGAAGCCAUCAAAUUUAAAAACGUUUGCAAAUCCAGAAUCCUGUAUGGAAAAACUUUGUUUUUAUAAUAUGUUCAAGAAAUUGGCAGAGGAUAAUUGUCCUCCUCCGCCUGAUCCAGUGACAUUGAUACCAGAUAGCGUGAUUUUGAAAGGUGAAGACAAGCUUAUAAAAGAUUUGAUUAGCUUCCUUAACAAUAGAGAAUCAAAAUUGAAGCUUUGCUACAGAGCAUCGCUCCAUGGUUGGCAGAGCCAGAAGUUUCAUCAGUUGUGUGAUGGUAAAAGAGGAACAGUAGUUUUGGUGAAAGUUGGAAACUGGAUCUUUGGAGGAUACACUGAUCAAACUUGGGAAGUCUCAAAAACCAAGUUAACUUUGCUUGGGUUGGCUGUGCCCAUGCGAAGGUGCUAAAAUUCAAAAUGGCCAGUGUUGUCUUGUCGAAAGAUGAAAAAUUGUUCAUAAAGAACGGGGUUUUUGACGACUUUCGCUUGGAUGGCAGAGCAAGAAGAGAUUACAGAUAUUUUGAAAUAGAAACGGGGAUUGUGUCUAAUACAAGUGGAUCGGCAAGGCUGAGACUAUCCAAAACAGACAUUCUUGUUGGUGUGAAAGCUGAAAUUGGAGAACCUGCCUUUGGACAUCCUGAUUGUGGAAGAAUUGAAUUUUUUGUUAACUGUUCUGCCCACGCUUCACCGAAAUUUGAAGGUCGAGGUGGCGAGGAGUUGUCAUCAGAACUGAGCAGAAUAUUAGACAGAGCUUGCAGCAAUAAAUCAGCGUUAGACCUCAAAUCAUUGUCAAUAACAUCAGGACAGCAAUGCUGGGUUUUAUAUGUUGAUGCUUUGGUGUUGGAAUGUGGUGGUAACCUUUAUGAUGCUUUGUCAAUAGCUGUCAAGGCUGCACUACAUGACACAAGAAUCCCCAAUGUGACCGUCAAUAUUGAGGAUGGUGAGGUUGAACUUGAGUUCUCGGAUGAUCCGUUUGAUUGCAGUCGACUUGAUAUAAAAAAUAUUCCAUUAUAUGUCACUUUGAAUAAGAUCGAGAGUGUUUUUGUGGUUGACGCUAGUAUGGAGGAGGAAUUCUGCUGUGAUGGUCAGCUGUUGGUGGCAGUGAAUGGUGAUAGAAAUAUCUGUGGUAUUCAAAGGCUUGGUUAUAGUGCAGUUGAACCUGAGUUGAUGGCAGAAAUGUUAGAGGUAGCUGUAGACAUUGGCAGUUCAUUGAACAAGCGACUUUUGCAAGCUCUCGAGAUCGAGGAGAAGAAUUCUUCGACGGAGAAAGUUGGAUUUGUCCCUACGGUGGAGUACACCAGCGAGAUCGUAGGGGAAUGAAAAAAUGGCAGAGAGUGGAAUAUGGAUCGUGAAUGACUGGAAAGAAAUCUCAGUUACUUGUCACUUGCUCUCAUACCCCACAAAGGAAGUAGUUGAUCACCAAUAACUGCGUGGGCAGGUAUUCUUCACGAGACUUCAGCAACGCCUGUCGAUAGUUGGCCAUAAAUUGAUCUUGCUGAAGCUGUUGCAUAACAACUAAUGUCGUCAAAACUGAAAAUUUUUUGACUAAAAAGCUUUGCUAUGUCAAAUCAUCAAUCUAUAGACUAUAUACUUGUUUCUUUUUUGACAAGCCCGUUUCCUUCUGGCUGAAUAGUACUAAA